AUGGGUCUAAACGCUCCUGAUUUGAGUCCUUCUGCGGCUAGAGAUAUCAAAGAAUUUUCUGACUGGAUUCUGGCUGUUGGUGAUGGAAAAAUUUCAGAGCCUAAUGAUGGAGAAGUUAUGAUUGAUAUUCCGGAUGAGUUUCUAAUAACUGAAGCUGAUGAUCCUAUUGAAGCAAUAAGCAGAGAAGUUUAUGGAGAUCCAACAAAAUUGAAGGAUGAAAAAGAUCCGAAGUUCUUCCAAAAGAGAGCUAUUUUAUGUCCAACCAAUGAAGAUGUGUGCAUAAUCAAUGAAUAUAUGCUUGACCAACUAGAUGGUGAAGAACGAAUUUACCUAAGUUCAGAUUCUAUAGAUCCAUCCGACACUCGCUCAGCCACCAAUCCUGUGAUGACUCCUGAAUUCUUAAACAGUAUGAAGGUUUCUGGAAUUCCAAAUCAUAGAAUCAGGUUGAAAGUAGGAUGUCCAGUUAUGCUUCUUCGAAACAUUGAUGCAAGGGGUGGCUUAAUGAAUGGUACUAGGUUACAGAUUACUCAAAUGGCAGAGUUUGUUCUAGAAGCUAUUAUUAUAACGGGUGAUAGAGUUGGAGAUAAAGUCUUGAUUCCACGGAUAAUGCUAACACCGUCAGAUACCAAGCUUCCUUUUAAGAUGAGGAGAAGACAACUCCCCUUAGCUGUUGCUUUUGACAUGACCAUAAACAAAAGUCAGGGACAGUCUCUUCAAAACGUUGGUCUAUAUUUACCCAGACCAUGUUUCUCUCACGGCCAGCUGUAUGUUGCUCUCUCUAGAGUAACUUCUAAGAAAGGAUUAAAGAUCCUUAUUGUUGACAAGGAUGGGAAUCCGCAGAAGAAGACAAUGAAUGUAGUGUUCAAAGAAGUUUUCAAAAACCUUUAG